AUGACCGACACCUUCCAUACACGCGAUGGCGCGCGCAUCGGGUACCGCGUGCUGGGGCGCGAGCAUGCGGGGCCUGCGCUCGCUCUGGUGAAUGGCAUGAGUGCCGUGAUGGAGGACUGGCUGGCCCUUGCACACGCACUCGCAGAGACGCGCCGCGUCGUGGUGCUCGACCACCGGGGCAUAGGCGCUUCGUACCUCACGCACGACGAAAGCGAGGACAUCACGAUCGAGCUCAUGGCGCAGGACGUAAUUGAUCUCGUGCGCUCACUUGGCGUGCGUGUCGUGCACCUGCUGGGCUUCAGCAUGGGCGGCCUCGUUGUGCAGGCCAUCCUCACGCACCCCGACGCACACCCCACACCCGAUGGCGCAGGCGUGGCUGUGCAGGGCCUCGAGGUGCGGCGCGUCGUGCUCACCGCCACGUUCACGCGCGCGCCACGCACCGAGUUCCGCCUCGAAGACGUGCCGCGGCCCGCGCACGGCUCGCCCGCUGACCGCGCCAGGGCGGCAUCGCGGUACAUGCUCGAGAUGCAGUACGACCCGGCGGUCAUCGGGCCGGGCGGCGCCCUGGAGGCCACGCUCGAGGCGCACCUCGCCGCGAGCGAGACGCUGCGACGGCCCGCCAUGCUCAUCAUGCAGCAGGCCAAGGCGAUCUCGCUCUACCGCGGGCGCGACGCCCUGCGCCGUGUCCCGCGUGGCCUGCCCGUGGCCGUCAUCCAUGGGCGGCGCGAUCGUAUGGUAGCCUACGACGAGUCGGCCGAUCUGCUCGCGCGCCUUCCCGGCGCCGAGCGACUCCUCCCUGCGACUGACGCGCACGACCCCGAGGCGUUCGGGCACAUGUGGUUCGACUACUUCGCCCUGCGCGCAUGGGUCAAGCCGCUCACGCACUUCCUCGAUCGGCCGGGCGCAAAGAUAUAG